CGAGUCGAAGUUCACCAAUCUCUCCUUACAUAAUGAUAGACGAUUGGAAGGCAUUGGUUUCUGUUCUCAAGAGUCAUUCUAUCCGUUCAACUGCUAUAGAAGUCUGUUCGAAUUCGCAACUCAUUUGCAGCUAUGUCGUCGGCAUCACAUGCGUUUCGGGGGUUUAUAUCCCUCAGUCCUUCAACAUUCUACUACAUACCCUCUGGCCGGCAGAGCGAGAGGAAUAAUGGCGGCCAUGUCGCAAAUCCAGACCUAAUCGUCAUUUGUUCCUGGAUGGGAGCUUCCUACAAGAAUAUUGCAAAGCAUACGGCCGGCUAUCAGAAAUUAUUCCCCGAGAGUCCUAUCGUGCUUGUAACGACAUCCCUAUCCGACAUGAUAUGCCGGACCAAGGCACAAUAUAACAAGACUAUCGAGCAAGCCGUGGCGAAAAUUGCUUCACUUCACCAAACGACCGAUGGAGCUAGGGCGCCUCGCAUUCUUCUCCACCUCUAUUCAAACGGUGGAGCCUAUGCUGCCACACAGCUUGCCGACCAAUAUCGUCUCACUCCGAAUGGAAAUAACCGCCCUCUACCUCUCACCACCAUGGUGUUAGAUAGCAGUCCUGGACGCGCUUCCUACAAACGGAGCUUAGCUGCUAUGAUGCAAACAAUGCCGCCGAACCCCGUGGUUCGCAUCAUUGGAUUCAUGAUCGUUCAUAUCGUGAUAGUCGCGGAAUUUCUCCUCGACAAAGUUUUUCAUCAGCCAAAUAUGAUCGAGCGACUCCGGAAAAGCUUACUGGAUACCCAGCGGUUCCAAGAUGGGGGGUCACGACUCUAUUUGUAUUCGAAGGCCGAUCAAAUGGUGUGGUUUUCGGACGUGGAAGAUCAUGUCGCAGAAGCGAGCAAGGAUUGGAAAGUAGAAGCCGAGAUGUUCCAGAGCAGCCCACAUGCGGGACUUAUCCUUGAGGAUGCGGAUCGAUAUUGGGGUGCCGUUCGACAGGCUUGGAGGUUAGGUUAUCAAUCGCGAUAGCCUGAUGCCUCAAAAGCUCCAGACCAAAGAUGAAAAAGCCUUUCAAAAGACCAGGGAUGUCUCUGGAAGGGUUCCAAGGCGGUUGGUUUAUGGGCUGAUCAAUUUCUGGGAACAAGACAUACCUAUUCCUUAUUUGAGCCAAUUCCUAUCUCCCGGAGUUAACCUACCAUAUUCCAAAUAUCACAUUCCGUAGACACCAUGGUCGACUCCCUUAUCCUGAUAAUUCAAGUUUAUUGAUCUCUCAUUUUCUCUCCACUAGUUUCCUUUACGCACUCACAUACAAUUCAACCCUUCUGCUUUUCAACCGCAGCACUACUC